AUGAUCUCGUCCCCGGACUUGCUGCCUUUCACCGGGCCGGAGGGUUUCGGCGAGGCGGAGGCAGACCGCAGUGGAACAGCGUGGGGGCUUCUUCCCGAGGAGCUCUCCGUCCCGCCGCUCUCCUCCUCCUCCUCCUCCGGCGGCGGGGGCGGAAACCCGUGGACUUCGGCGGCCGGCUUCCAGAAGGACUUCGUGCUCGUGGCGGAGUUCUCCGAGCAGGUGGGGCCCACACCGGUGAUGACCAUACCCGACGAGGCGGGCGCGUCGGGGUCCCUGGACCUGAACCACUUCUCUGUGCGCAUCAUGUCUGUUGACUACCAGGCGUCCGGCCCCGGCCCCACCGCCGCCUCCGGGUCUCGCCUCAACUUCAACGAGGACUCCGAGGUCGUCCUGGGGGACUCGGCGGACUGGGCCUUCGCGUACGUGCGCCACGUGACCCUUCUGGACCUGGCGGCCCGCGGGAUGGUGCGUCCCUUCUGCAUGGCCUACGUGUGCUCGCGGCAGGCCAAGAUCAUGGACAACUUCGGACGGCUGUCGGCCGGAUUUCGCCGGGCGGCCGAAAGCCUCAAGACGGGCAACAGGCAGGCCUUCUCCUUGGAGCUCCACCACAAGCUCCACCAGCUGCAGUACGAACGCUUGGCAUUGCUGCAGGAUGACGGCGGAGAAAAGUGGGAGGAGCUGGAGGCGGUGGAGCGAGCCAUCGUGACGCACAAAGAUCUCCUCCGCCAGGUCACUUCCUACCCGAACAGGAAGCUGAAGCGGCCCGACUUCUUGCCCUACGAGCCCGCCGACGCCUCGACGGACGCGGCCGCCGCCCCGCCUCCUCCUCCGCCCCCCGCCUGCCGCGUCGGGUCCGAGCGCCGCCUGAAGCCAAUACAGGAACUCUGCAACGCCUACUUCCUGUCGCUGAUGACGGAGCAGCUGGCGCAAACGGAGCUCCGCCUCCGCGGUGAUAUUACCGCCCUGCGCAGCGCGAGCAUCACCCGCUCGCUGAACAGAAAGCUCAGACUGAUCAGCUUCCUGUUUGAGCGGCCUGACGACAGCGGAGAGGAGGAGGAUGGAGAGGAAGCGGCGGCGAGGGAGACGGGGAGUCAGCCGAGCUCCGAGUCCUGCGUGGAAACAGAAGAAUCGGCGAGUGGCGAGAUGACGGGAAGCGUCAGCAGCGGAGACAGCAUACAAGUGAUCGGCACGGAGCGAUCCUAUAGGACGAUCGCCGCCCCCGACGUGCCUCUCGCCUCAUCCGACGCAUCUUUCGCCGCUGCUGGCCGCUCGCCGCUCCUGCUCGCCAGCCUCGAUGCUGCGCUUAUCGCCGCGCCCGACACACCUCUCUUCUCGUCUGAUUCGCCAGUUGCGGCCGCCUCGGACCCAGGACCUCGGCGCAGCGGAGUCCCCACCAGGAGGACCAACAGCGAGGACAGCAUCGAGGUCCUUAGUACCACCGAGUCCAUAGUCCCCGAAGACCUCGCCGCCAUCACAGAGGAAGAGGAGCUCGCAAAAGAUGACCCAACGGACGUCGCAUCGAAGACCGCUGACGCAAGAAGCGCCUACGAUCAGACGCCGCGCGAUCUCCCGGUGAGCCAAUUGUCGUCGUCCCAGAGCGCGCUCGAAGUACUGGACGGCGCCGCGGAGUUGCCCUCGCCCCGGCCGAGGGUCCGCGGCACGGGCGGCGUCCCCCUGAGCAAGCUGGGACUGCGAGCGUGGCGCUUCAUCAAAGACAACUCCUUCUCCCGCCACGCGGUCUUCUGCCUGCUGAGCGGCCGCCCUCUGGUGCUGCUCUCGGGAGACGAAGCCGAGCUGAGGAAGACGGUGGACGUGCUGGCUCUCUUCCUGCCGGCCCCCGGUGGCGCGGUGAUGCCGUCUUUGAGCACGCCGCUCCAGCUCAGCGACCUGCUCACGUGGAGGCUGAUCGGCAUCCACAGGUCUCAGUCUUCAGGCCCGCUUCACGGGCUGACCCGCUACAGUCGCUACCUGGGUGUGCUGGACUUGGAACAGAGGACGCUGCGCUGCCCGUCCUACUCGGGUUCCCUGGCGGGCUAUCUGGUGGGCUCGUCCGUGCCCGCCGCCGCCUUCCUGCCGCACGUGCAGAGCGGCCUGACGGCGUUGGCCAAUCGGGCGCUGCGCUUCACGUUCGCCUGGCGAGGAGACCAGAAAGAUGGUCUGGGCGAAGGAGACCUGAGCGUGAUGAGUUUCCUGUCGGACCUCAUCAAGCACCAGCACGCCAGAUGCGGGCCGCCGGCGCUGCGCUUCUCUUACGCGGCGCUCCACUUGCACAAAAACAAAAGCGCUACAUAGGGUCGCAAAGGGUGGAAAAUUUACACCAAAUUUCCAUGAAAUUUUGGAAAUAUUUCAAAUUGAAAACCUUCCAUGGGAAUUAAGAGUAAUGUGUUUCCACCGCACUUGCACUCAAUCUUGUUUUUGUCAGGAUUAAGCUACAAAAUAUUUGCAACUAUAUUUAAGUUCUGUUUUCGAGUCAAACCUGAAAUUUUGUAAAUUCCUGCUUUGUUCUCAUUUAUUCCAUUGCAAAGUUUCUUUCUUUGAAAAUGCUCAAAGUUUUGCCACUCUAUUGCUACAUAAACUCUUGGCUGCGUGUCAUGUGAUGUCAACCUUCAGCACACGGAGCACCUACAGCAGGGGUGGGCAACGUAGGGCCCGCGGGCAACAUACAACACACUCCGUUCUUAAAUCCCGCUCACAAAACAUUAACAUCAUCAAGACAAGAGUCCUGUCAUAUUGGGUGCAUUCGUUUGUCCAUUUUCUUCCUAAAAUAUAACCCUAUUCACUUUUUAGUCAUCUAUCCCAGAAAAUGUGGUUAUUUAGUGAACAUUAAAAAAAAAAUAGUAGUGUGUAUUUCGUAUUUCAUUAAACAACUGGUUACUUCAUAAUUACCUUAAUUAGUAUGAUUUUCUACACAAAUGAAAGAAACAAUUUCAAAUAAACUACAAAAAAUCUAAAUAACUACAAAAAUGUUCAUUAUAUGUUCUUUUAAUGGUUAAACUGUUAUUGAGUAAUAUAAUUGUUGGCUUAACUGGUUUAUUUUCAAUUUCAUUUGAAAAUGAGGAUAUGUUAUUCAAAAUAUUUUAACUAGAAAAAAAAUAGAUGAAUACAAUUAAUAAUUUAUAUAAAAUACCUUUUUACAUAAAAUACAAAAUGAAAUUGAUAAAAUUAAACAAUACAUUUUGAAUUAAUGUUUUAGUAAUAUAUACAUACACAUAUACACACACACGGCUGAAAUAAGCAUUUACACAUAUAUAUUGAUUAUCAUUGAUCGGCUCCGCAAGACAUUUACUCUGCAUCGCCAUCGUGUACAGUAUAUUUGAAUCCAAAAACUAGUUUAUUUUUAGCCUCGUCGCGUGUCUUUUGAUGUAGUACUGUAAAAACCUGACAGUCAAAGUUAUUUAAAGAAAAUAUGUGCAGUGUGGGACAGACAACACGUAAUGCCUGGAUCAAACAUGGCUUUCCAUGUCUUUUUGCAACUCCCUUUCUUCAUGUGUUCAAUACUUUUUCCCUGUGUUAUUUCACUAACCCUACACACAACUUAAUUUCUGAGCUUAUUUGUUCUACUUUCUUUGUAUGUGAAUAUAUAUAUGAACACCCAAAGUAAUCAAACUUUGGAUGUUCCCAACAACUGCUGAAAUUUUCAGGCCAAAUGCACAUUUGGAAGUAUAUUUAGUGAGAGAAAUUGUGAGGUGUUAAAUACUUAUUUCAGCCGCUGUAUUAUCCGAAUGAGAUGGCCCAGCCACCUCAUCUAACUCCUCUCAAUGUGGAGGAGGGGUGGCUCUACUCUGAGAUCCUCCCGGAUGACCGGGCUUCUCACCCCCUCUCUAAGGGAGAGCCCGGACACCCUGCGGAGGAAACUCAUUUCGGCCGCUUGUAUCCGGGAUCUUGUUCUUUUGGUCGUGACCCACAGCUCGUGACCAACAACUACAGUACAAAACGAAACACAAAAGGCAUACACGUAGCAAAAAAAAAAAAAAUCAUAAAUAAAAAAAAAACAAAUAAAAAAA